UUUUUCAGUAAUUUAUUUUCUUUAUUAGUGGGUUGUUUUUUAGUUAAUAUAUUUUCGUGCUUAUUUACAAUUUUUUCAAUAUUUUCAUUAUUUUGUUUUCUUUCAAUUUCUAGCUUUUCAGCAAUUUUUUCUUUCUUUUCUAAUUUUUUCUGUUUCUUUCGAUUGAUUGACGUAUCUUUUGAAACAUUUUCUUGAUCAACGCAUAUUUUUUUCUCUUAAGUAAGAGUAAUUAGGUAUUAAAUAGAUUUAAUUUUGCCGCAUUUUUGACAUACACGUUAGAAAUAAUCGUUUUAUAUGUAUAAUUCGCUGAUAAGCAGCGGAUUCUUGGAAGCAUCAGAUAUCAGAAAUUCUUAGAUCAAAUUUUGAUAUAAGGGCAGAGUUAAAUAUUUAAAUAUGCAAAAUACUAGGUAACCCUACCUGCUCUAAAAGAUUAUCAAUCUUAGAUAAUAAAAAUUUGGUACUAUCGCAUUAUGCCGCCACAUGUCAUCAAAUUUUUGUCCACAGGUUUUUCCUUCUUCUCCCAUCAUCUCUCUUCUCAUAAAGAUUAAAAGAAGGGUAAAUGAUUAAUGAUGGUCAUUGAUUAAUUUAAGUCCUUUUGUUCUCCCCCUUUUUUUGUUUUUCAAUUUUCGGGGGUCGGGUAUCUCGAUCUUCUGUUGUUCGCUUUAUCUACGCAUGGGCCUAGUUUCCUAAUCAAAUUUUGAUAAAAGAGAAAAGUAAACUUAUUUAAGCAUUGACCGUUCUUUUAAUCUUUAUGGAAAUAGAGAGGAUGGGAGAGGAUGGGAGAUAAAAAAUCUUUAUGGAAAGAGAGAGGAUGGGAGAGGAUGGGAGAUAAAAUUCCUGAAAGGGUUCAACUAAAAUCUAAUUUAUUUCACCUCCGAACUCCACCCCCCCCCCCCCCUCAAUCUCUUUUUGACUCUUCCUUUUGUAGUAACGGCGGCAUUUGUGUUAUUUUUUAUUUACAUCAUUUAUUAGUUCAAUUAAUCAUAGUGAGCAGAAAACCCCAAAUUCUUACAUGUUAAGCAAAUUA